UGCUGCCUACUGUCAGUCACCACAGCACAAGAUCCGCCCUCCACAUCCAGCUGGAACAAUGCAGUCCGCCGAGGCCAGAUUCAACAAAAACAGCCUCCUCCUGGCCCUGAGACAGUACAGCUCGGCCGUCAGCGACAUGGAGCAGACCAUUCUCCUGCCGAGUCUGCUGCGAGACGUGCCAUCUGAUGAGGUUUGUGAUUGUGAUGCAGCGGAGGAGUCCUGCAGAGACUUGUAUGACAACUACCUGUUGCUCAAGGCUGUAAGAAACACAGUGGAGAGUGGCUUGUUUUCCAUGGAUGACCACAAGCCCAAGAAACAUGUGGCACUCAAUAAGACGCCAGAGCCUCUCUUGGACACAGACCCUGAAGCUCUCUUUCGCUUUCACCUGAGAGGACUGUUUUCUGUGAUGACAGAUCUCACCAAGAAGACUCAGAGCCUUACAGAGAAAUACAUGGACAUUAUUGGAGUCUCAAGUUAAACGCACAAAAGGACAUUUGGAUAUCAAGAAAAAUCUCUGCUGUUAUAAAGCUGUACAUGUAACAAAGUCUUCUGCAACAUCUCAAAUGUCUUAAAAUGUGGUAACUCUUACAACUAAGAAUGAAGAAUAAACGUGCACUGCCAAAACUGA